GUCAUGGCUGCACCGACUGAGAGUUUGCUGUCUCUUGGACAUCUGACCGGCACAGAACGAAGUACUUUCACAAAACAAAGAAAGCCCAUUAUAAAGAAGAGACCAAUGUUGUCAGGGAAUGAGUUUCCAAAUCCCACAACUCUGGGAAAUAUAAAAGUGAAACACCUUCAGUUGCGCUGGCAGGAGCUGCAGGAGAGAGAGCGUAUCGCCCAACAGCACAACAGGCAACUGCUGCAACAGUUUGAGGAGGCCCAGGAUGCUCUGGAAGACAUGCUGGCCCGCAAUGCUGCCAUGAAAACUAUCAGGACGGAGUAUGAGCGGUACCUGGAGGAGAACUUUCAACGCUGGCAGCAGCAGCUUACAGAGAAAACACAGGCUGCUCAGAAGAAGAGGAUGGAUGACUGUUUGAGAUCAAAUCUGAAGAAGACAGAGGAAGAACGGGUGCCAAAGCCCACUGUAGAAGGGUCUUUACUUUUCCAAGCAGGUCCUUCCACAAGCCCACCAAGACACGUUGCUCCUCAAGUACAUUCCAUUCAAGAUUACCACCAAGACAGCUGCUCCCAUCAUCCCUACAUGCAGUCCUGGUUAACUCAUUCUGAACCCCAGACUGGUCGUUUUCCUGUUAGAGGGCCCUAUCAAGCCCACAAUCCCUCUCUCUUCCUCCCACCUAAUUUCAUACAGCCUCACCCAUUUCUGUUCCAUCACCACGCCUCCCCAACCGGCCACAAUCAUCCAUGGAGCAGAACCAAUGCAGCCGGCUGGCCUUCCCCACAGCAACCCUACCUCUGGCCAUGGGGAGCUGGUGCUGCUGGGGUUCCCCCAGGGUCCUGGGGAGAACUCUGCACAGAGGAACCUCCUCCUGAGCUCAGGGCUUCACAAUAUGGACAACAGCAGGAUGGCGCCAGCAGAGCACAGAGCUCAAAGAAGGAGAGCAGUGGUGGAAGCUGUUUGUGCCAGGAGCUGGACAUUAAACCAGUUCGUCUGUCCAGCGGCCGAGCAGAGAGCAGUGGGAGUGGCAGGGAUUCCAGUCUGACCAGCAGCGAGAAGAGGAAGAGGAGGGACAAAAGUGGAAUAACCCACCAUUCCUCCUCAGACAGAGAAAGAUGUGGCUCUCAGCAGUCAUCCACAAAUUCCAGUGAAAUUAUCAUUGUCUCACAGGCUGUGGCCCAAAGCGUAGACAGAGAUAGGCCUACAGAGGAAGGAGGCAGCAGCAGGACAAAGAGAAGAGCGGGGUUUACUGUCGGAUCACCAAGAACUGAGAAGGUGGCAAAGGAGCCGACUCAGACAGAUGGAGGAGACUCACAAAGUUACAAUGAAGACAGUCAGAAGGUCCAGACAUCUACUGGUGCGGAAUCUGGAAGUUCAACCGAGGAAUCCAGGGAAGAAAAAGAGGGGAAUCGAGCUCUUGAUGAUAAAUCAGGAAGCAGCAGAACAGAGGAGGAAUCAGAAAGCGAAGGCGUGAAAACUGAGGAUGAAGCUGCAGAUGAAGCAGAAAAGGAGGAAAUCAGCGUCUCUGAGCAAAGCAGCACAGAGGAAAAACAUGGAGGACAUAAACAUAUUAAAGCUUUGGAACAAGAAGAGUACAGCCAGAAAAGUGGAGAGCAAGAGGACAGCGAUGUGGAGGAAGAUGAUGACGAUGAUGUGUCUGAACCAAAAAAUACAACAGAGGAAGAAGCAGAGGAUAAGAUGGAAGAGCAGGGCAAUGAUGAACAUUCAAAUAAGCUGGAGAACAAAAAAGAUUCUUCCUCCUCCCUGGAGGAAGAUGUGGAUGAUGAGGAGGGAAGUGAAGGUAGUGAGGAAGAAGAGGUAUCAAAUGAAGAGGGUGAUGAGGAGGAAGAAGAGCAUAGGAGUGAUGAAGCACAAGAAGACGACAACACAGAUUCCAAUGACAGCAUCAUUUCUCCACAGGAAAAGAGGCAGAUCAUUCCUGAGAAAGUAGCUGAGAACGCUGAGGAAGAUGACGAAGAGGAGGCUAAAACAGGAUCUUCAACUGACCACUCAAAUAAAGUUAGUGAUGAUGACGAUAUUGAAAACCUCCUUGCCCCUCAAGAGCAAACAAAAAAGAAAGAAGAAAAUGACGUGGAAGCAGAUGGAAAUACUAAAGCAACUUGUCACAAUAUGGAUAUCUUUCAAGUGACGGAGGACAGACUGAAGGAUUACCGAAGCGACUCUGACGAGAUUGAUGACUUUUAUGAUUAAAUGUGAAUAAAAUCCUCACCCAGUUCCCUUAAA